GAGCUGAACAAACGAACUUUUCUUUAAUACACAGUUCAUUGUUCCACACCAGCCUCCAUGUCAUUCUUUGCUUCAUGCGAAGAUACAAAUAGGAACUGUGUCCUUGAAGCUCUGCUUGACCAACAGGUGAAAAUCGAACAGUCGAAUGUGUCUCGUCUUUCGCUGUUUGGCGACGACGACCCGGCGCACGCGGUGCUGGCUCUUCUGAGGCCCGAGAACAAGACUCAAGUGCUGGCUCUGUAUCUGGACGGGACAUGGUGGCCUCUGGACGAUGUCCUGAAGACGUCCGAUCCCUCCAGAGCUGGGCUGGUCACGGGUCACCUCUGUCCUCAUAAAACAAGCUGCAACCCAGCCAGCUGUGACUCUUUGUGCUGUGGAACUGCUUGGAUGUUACUGUCUGACCUGACCUGACUCUUGUGUCGGAAGAGUGUGCUUUGUAUAUUGG